AUGAGUUCCGACUGCGUUCCCGACACCCGCUACCUCUCGUCGCCCGAUUUUAUGGUGACGGCACUCCACUGUUCCGCAUGCAUCGAAGUGCCGAUCCUCUCGUUUGGCGCCUAUUGCAUUCUCUUCAAAACGCCCGCCCAAAUGUCGUCUGUCAAGUGGCUCAUGCUCAAUUUACACUUCUGGAGCUCUCUUUCCGAUCUUUUGCUCAGUUUCAUCGGAAUUCCGUUCAUUUUGCUGCCAAUUCCAGCCGGCUAUGGUCUCGGAUUGAUCUACUCGCCAGCCCUUUUGAUGUAUUGUUGUGUCACUUUAGUAGCAGGUACAUUUAAAGUUAUUAUAUUUUCCAUAUGGCUUUUCUAAACUCAUUGUUGUUCAGCUCUGUCCACAUCAGUGCUCGCCAUCUACGAAAACCGCUAUUAUGUUCUGUUCGGCGAAACGACACGCUGGAAAAGUGUUCGAAAACCAUUCAUGACGUUAAUCUACUGCCUCGUCCCUUUUAUAUUCCUCCCGCCCUACCUGGACCUUCCGGAACAAGAAAGUGCGCGGAGCAUUGUGCUCGCCCAGUUGCCGUGCCAUCCAGAAUUCACCUACAACGAUCGGGAGCUCUUUGUGCUCGCUCUGACGUACACCGUUCCGCUGUCAUGCAUCGUUUGUGGUACCGUGGUCCUGGCCACUUUGAUCAGUGUUUUCUGUCUGCUGACCGUCUGGCAAAUCGUCAAACAUUCCAUGCAUUCGCUCUACUCCAAAAGAACCUGGCAAAUGCAGAAAAACUUUAUUAUUGCCUUAAGUUUACAGGUUGGUUUUUUUUUCAAAUCGUUUAUCUGUAGUCUCUGCCCAUUUCAGUCCGUGCUCAUGCUCCUCGUCAUCCUGGCUCCAGUGAUCACAGGUCUGGCCAUCAUCCUUUUGUGGCAUCACGAUCAAACGCUCAACAACUUUGUGUUCAUCACGCUCUCACUGCACGGAGUCGGCUCCACCGUUGUCAUGAUCAUGGUGCAUCGACCGUAUCGCGAGUUCACCAUCUCAACGGCUUUGCAUUCCAAAAUUAAACAGAAAGUUUCAAGUCGAAAUAGUCUUAGGAUGCUUCCAAGUGUGAUUCUAUGA